AUGGUGAAAUGCUUAAAAACUCGUCCCGCGUUCCUAUUAGUGGACAAAACGGGUCGGUCUUUGUAUUCUUUCGAACAACUUCCAUCUUGUCUUUUCUCUCCUGUCAUAGAGAAGAGAGGCAAGAAACCUUUCCUUGCCGGCCACCCUUACAAUCUUCUCAAACAAGGAAAAUUAUAUGACGUGCCUUGGAUUGUUGCGGUCACCAAAGAUGAUGGAGUACUCAGCAUCAAAAACACUAAAUGGGAACCAGUGAAAAAGAACUUUGUGUAUUACGAUAUCAAUGGUCCAGAUGAUAUCCAGAAACGUGUAGAAACAUACUUCCAUACAAAGAAGUUCUGGGAUAGCUUAGGCUUUUUAGAAUAUAAUAUGCUUAUUAGUAAAAAAGAUGAAUUGUAA